UGCUGUAGAUCCAGAUGUAUCUGCCAGGACGGUCUUUAUAGAUGUUGAGGAGGUCAAGAAUAAAUCUUGUUUGACCUUUACCGAUGAUGGAUGUGGGAUGACACCUCAUAAACUACACCGAAUGCUCAGCUUUGGCUUUACAGAUAAAGUAAUAAAGAAGAGCCAGUGUCCCAUUGGGGUCUUUGGUAAUGGUUUCAAGUCAGGCUCCAUGCGGCUAGGAAAGGACGCCCUUGUCUUCACCAAGAAUGGGGGUACUCUCACUGUUGGACUUCUAUCACAGACCUAUCUGGAAUGUGUCCAGGCCCAGGCAGUUAUUGUACCAAUUGUUCCAUUCAACCAGCAAAACAAAAAAAUGAUUAUUACCGAGGAUUCAUUGCCCAGCCUAGAAGCCAUCUUGAACUAUUCCAUUUUCAACAGUGAAAAUGACCUGCUGGCCCAGUUUGAUGCCAUCCCAGGCAAAAAAGGCACUCGUGUUCUCAUUUGGAACAUCCGCAGAAAUAAAAAUGGAAAAUCUGAGUUGGACUUUGAUACAGAUCAAUAUGACAUCCUGGUAUCAGACUUUGACACAGAAGAAAAAAUGACUGGCGGUAUUACCUCUGAGCUGCCAGAAACAGAAUAUUCUUUAAGGGCAUUUUGUGGUAUUCUAUACAUGAAGCCACGGAUGAAAAUUUUUCUGCGUCAAAAGAAGGUGACUACCCAGAUGAUUGCCAAGAGCCUGGCCAAUGUAGAAUAUGAUACAUAUAAACCUACCUUCACAAAUAAGCAGGUGAGAAUCACCUUUGGGUUUUCUUGCAAGAAUAGUAACCAGUUUGGAAUAAUGAUGUAUCAUAACAACCGACUCAUAAAAUCCUUUGAGAAGGUGGGGUGCCAGGUGAAGCCAACUCGUGGAGAAGGUGUAGGAGUAAUUGGAGUCAUUGAGUGCAAUUUCCUAAAACCUGCCUACAACAAACAAGACUUUGAGUAUACCAAGGAGUACCGGUUAACAAUAAAUGCCCUUGCCCAGAAGCUCAAUUCUUACUGGAAGGAAAAAACAUCUCAAUAUAAUGUUGAGACCUCAGCUGUAGCCAGGCCAAUACCGAGGGUUCCUGACCAGACAUGGGUUCAGUGUGAUGAGUGUCUUAAAUGGAGGAAGCUUCCUGGCAAGAUUGAUCCAUCCAUGUUACCUGCAAGAUGGUUUUGUUAUUAUAAUUCCCAUCCAAAGUACAGGAGAUGCUCUGUUCCAGAGGAACACGAACUCAUUGACGAAGACCUGUGCUUGAGCAAAGCUAAGAAACAAGAACAAACUGUUGAGGAGAAGAAGAAGAUGCCUAUGGAAAAUGAGAACCACCAGGUAUUCAGUAAUCCACCGAAGAUCCUUACUAUUCAAGAAAUGGCUGGAUUGAAUAACAAGACAAUUGGAUAUGAGGGAAUUCAUAGCCCUAGUGUGCUUCCAUCUGGUGGAGAAGAAAGCAGAUCACCUUCUCUUCAACUUAAGCCUCUGGAUUCCAGUGUUUUUCAGUUUUCCAGUAAGUACAAAUGGAUCCUAGGUGAAGAACCAGUAGAGAAACGAAGAAGGCUCCAGAAUGAGAUGACAACACCUUCUCUAGAUUAUUCCAUGCCUGCUCCUUACAGGAGGGUAGAGGCACCUGUUGCCUACCCAGAAGGGGAGAACAGCCAUGAUAAAUCGAGUUCUGAGAGAAGUACACCACCAUACCUUUUCCCAGAAUAUCCAGAAGCAAGCAAGAAUACAGGUCAGAAUAGGGAGGUUUCAAUUCUGUAUCCAGGGACCAAAGACCAACGCCAGGGGUCCCUGCUUCCUGAAGAAUUAGAAGAUCAGAUGCCAAGAUUGGUGGCAGAAGAAUCUAACAGAAGUAGCACAAGCAUAAACAAAGAGGAAGUGAACAAGGGACCUUUUGUAGCUGUUGUUGGUGUUGCCAAAGGUGUUAGAGAUUCAGGAGCUCCCAUUCAGCUGAUCCCUUUUAACAGAGAGGAGCUUGCUGAGAGACGAAAAGCAGUUGAAUCCUGGAACCCAGUGCCUUAUUCUGUGGCCUCUGCUGCAAUCCCUGCUGCAGCCAUUGGGGAGAAAGGAAGAGGCUAUGAGGAGAAUGAAGGUCGUAAUACACCAAAGAUGAAGAACCAGAGAGAGCUGGAAGAAUUGAAGAGAACCACAGAAAAAUUGGAACGUGUUUUGGCUGAAAGGAAUUUGUUCCAGCAAAAGGUGGAGGAGCUGGAACAGGAGAGGAAUCACUGGCAGUCUGAAUUCAAGAAAGUCCAACAUGAAUUGGUGAUCUACAGUACCCAGGAGGCGGAAGGCUUGUACUGGAGCAAGAAACACAUGGGUUAUCGCCAAGCUGAAUUCCAGAUUCUGAAAGCUGAGCUGGAAAGAACCAAAGAGGAAAAGGAAGAGUUAAAAGAGAAAUUGAAGGAAGCAGAGACACACCUGGAAAUGCUGCAGAAGGCUCAGGUCUCCUACCGGACCCCAGAGGGAGAUGACCUAGAAAGGGCUUUGGCAAAGCUUACGCGGCUACGUAUCCACGUCAGCUAUCUCCUUACUUCUGUCCUCCCUCACUUGGAGCUUCGUGAGAUCGGGUAUGACUCAGAACAAGUGGAUGGGAUCCUGUACACGGUGCUGGAGGCAAAUCACAUACUGGAUUGAGCACCAGACUGUAUACCCUUCUCUUCUCUUCUGUCUCUUCUCUUUUCUCUCCCUCCCCUACAUCUGUGUCUUUCUUUCUGUCUCUCUCUCACCCUCACCUUUAUGCCUUAUAUAGAGAAUCUCUGUGUAAAUCCUGGCUCAUAAUCAGUCUCCUUCUUAUCAGUUUUGGUGUGGAGAAAGAGGCCGGUUUAAAUAGACUUUAAAGAGUCUAGGAAUAGAAAAGCAAUAGUCACCAAGCUAGGUGACCUGAAAGCUUUAAUUUUCAUGACCUGGAUAUGUGGUCUAUUUUAUAUCUUUUUCUGAAAUGGUUUGUAUUCAUUUAGGUUAAAUCAAUCAGCAGAUAUUGGGUCCGGUAUACCAGGUGUUUUGGGGGUAAGCUAAUAAGUAUAACUCAUGUUUGCAGCCUUCGAAGAUGUAACAAUCUCGUUGGAAACAUAAGACAUACAUCACAUUAUACACAAAAGUGUAUGAUAUGUACAACUGAGUGGUACAGAUAUGACAUGGAAGAUCUAGGGGAGGAAGUUCAAGGAAGGCACCACACCAGAAAUGGGACCUAAAUUAAGGCUUAAAGAAUGAGCAUGGCCACACUGUCAAUGAGUGUUCUUUAGGUGGUAGGACUAUGGUUGAUAGUUUUCUUCUUCCUGUCUUCCUGCCUUUUUCAGAUUUUCAGUAUUAAACUUGUUAUUCUUACAUUGGAAAAAAUAAAUUGUUUUUAAAAAGAUCAA